AUGUUAUCGUUUGAGAUAACUAGCUCUCCGAUGAUUUCCAGUAAAAUCAAUGGAGCAAAGGAUGGUCCAAUCUUGGGCGACGCGGUGGAUUCUCAUGGCUCCGAAUCUAUACCAAGUCCCGCUCCUAGCAUAGUCACCAGUGCCGCCCAAAGCCCGGUGAUACAUCCAAGCACAGACUCGAACGAGGAAGCAGAAGGUGGGUGUUCGAGUAAUAUUUCAGAUUCGAAAGCUGAUGAUGGAACUGUCACUAAGCUGGCCCCGAUUAGCACUGCAACAGGUAAGACACUUUCUCAUAGUGUUAAUAUUACCACUCCUACUGAGCAACGUCCUAGCGAUCCUUUUAAUCCAACUCCCAGUCCACCAAGAAGAACUUCAGGGCGGGUACGGGUCACGCCUCAAUUUUAUGUAGGAGAACCACUGCCUCCCCCAAAGAAGAGAAAGAAGAAGAAGACCACUGGAGGCGCUUCAAAGAAGGCAAAAACCACAGAGAUUAUCAGUUCUAUAGACGAGAAUGGCGAGUUAGUUAUUGUUAAUGGAGACGGUAAUCCUACUACAUCUGGCAAAACCUUACCAGCUUCGAUGAUUCCAGGAAAAGCGAAAUCUAAGGCCAAGUCUAAGGGCAAAGAGAAAUCAGAUUCCAAGGAUGAUACGAAGGGGGAGAAGAAAUCAAAGCCUCUUCUUAAGAUCUCGAUCAAAUCACGUAAGAAAGUACCUCCGCCAAGUUUCAUACCAAUAGAGAACAAUUUCCCAUUACCAAUGAUCUGGGAGAAGCUGGUUAUAAGAGAGUUUGUUUUGAGAUUCGACAAACUUUGUCGAAUGCCUACAAGACAUGCUACUUCUAUCAACGAUCCAAAUUUGCAAUGGAAUGAGUACCUCUAUAAGUCACUGAUCGUUUCAAUUCUUAAAGUUAUCGCGAAUGAUACUGUUCCUGUGAUCAGUAAUGUUAAGGCAUAUUUGGGAGAAGUGGAGAAGACUUCAGCUGAGUCCGAGAAACUCUGGCAUAUUUUAGAGGAGUUGGUAUUGGGGUAUAAUGAGCCUGGUUUUGAUAAUGACAGCGAAUUUCAACACAAGUAUGGCACCGAACUGGCAGUAGAGUUGUGGCGUCUCCAACUUGUCCGUAAACUUGUAGUCCAGGCAACUUGUACAGAAACAAUCAGACUGACAAUUCAGCAUGAUCAGGAUGAAUUGAGGCGAAUUCAAUUAGAUACAAUUGAAGAAGUUAAGAACUUACGAGCUUCCUGGGAAGAGCAGGCAUUAAAACUGACAAAUGCAGAACUCCAAUUGUCAGAAGCGGACAAAGCUCGUUGGAAAGAAAAAUACUUGACAGCGAAACAAAAUAAUACCAAUAAAAUUCGUAAAGCUGAGCAAAAUUGCUACUUUCUUCAUAUGAAAUAUAACCAGAGGACGGCCCCAUUAGGGAUUGACAAUAUUGGUAAUACCUAUUGGCAUUUUCAGCAGAAGAGUAAUGCAAGCGCGUGGGGUUCGUGGAUUAUAAUAGAACCAAAUCCUAAAUAUGAAACACCUCUUGGGGAUCCAAAUGAGAAGAAGAAAAAGACGAAGUCUAAGAAAAAGAGGAAAGAAGGAGAGGAAGAUGAAGAGGAAAAGAAAGUCAAUGAUAUACAAGAUGGCAGUUCAAUGCCCAUCUCAGGCUCAUCAUUGUCAGAUACAGUGAAAACAGAGCACUUCGCUGCUUCUGAGGCACCUGAGACACCUGCAAAUCCAAUAAUUAAACUAGAUGAGGAGCAGGCAACUGGGAAUACUGCAAACGUUAACUUGAGCCCAUUGCAAACAGGUGCUAGCCAAGAGGUCAAAGAGAAGAAUGAGCAAAUUCAAGAUCAUUUGGUAGAGUCUAAGCCUCAGCAAAGGCUAUUCUAUAUCAGCGGAAAACAGGCCAUUUCCGAACUUGUCGAGUGGAUUCAAGCUCAAUGGGGCGUAGUAAAUAGUAAUCUCAUCAAGGAGUUAGAUGCCUACGCGAACAAGUGCGACGAAUAG